UUUGCUCGCCCUCCAGAUGGAUGCUGUAUAGACGCUCCGAAUCCUUUCUGCUUACUGUCAUCCCGUUAACCGACUUGGAGGCGCACAAACGCGCACACGCGCGCACGAGCGCAGCGAGACCCUACGCGCGAUGCGUUUUGACAAGUCACGCGCGCCCGCGAAAAAAAAAAACCGCCAGUGACUCAAACGCACGAGCUGUUAUAACGGCGCGCGCGCUUAAUCCAGCGGUACGUGGGAUUGGGCGGGAAGAAUCGGCUGAGGAAACACGGGAUUGGGCGGAUGGAAGAGUCAAACUGCUGCUGUGACUCAGAUGAGGAGAUGAAUCCACAUCACUUCACUUCACUUUACCUCAGCUGAACGCCGGACCGAGUCAAGAGACCUUAUUAUUGACCUCACCGGAAUUAAUAACAGUUUGGGGCAAAAAGAAGAACAUUAACGAACACUGUACUAUUUAACGAUGGCUUUUAUGGUAAAACACGUCGUCGGCGGUCAGCUGAAGAAUCUGACAGGAGGUCUGACAGAAGAUAAAUCUGACGGAGAAAAAUCGGAAGCCGCGGCCAAAGGAAUGACACAAGAAGAGUUUGAGCAGUACCAACAACAGCUAGAGGAGGAAAAGCAAGAGCGAGACGCCAAUUUUGCCCAGAAGAAGGCGGAGAGGGCGACAGUCAGGUCUCACUUCAGGGACAAAUACAGGUUGCCAAAGAACGAGGUGGACGAGACUCAGAUCCAGGCGGCGCGAGACGACGUCGAGCUCCCCACCGAACUGGCCAAGAUGAUCGCCGAAGACAACCAGGAGGAGGAACAAAAGCAGUCCGUCCUGGGUCACCUGACCAACAUCCAGAACGUGGACAUGGGCCACCUAAAGGGCAAAGCUCAGGCCACGCUGGAGGACCUGAAGAACUCGGCUGAGAAGUGCUGCGUCAUGUGAUCUCACCACAUCUUCACACCUGGAAGCGUUUCUUCUCUCCUUAUCCCUGUAUAUCUCCUCCAUCACACACACACGCACACACGCUGCCGUGUCCAAUGACAAACAUCCAUAUUCAUAUAUCCGGUGUGAUGUGUAGGGCAGUGUUUGUUUCAUAAUGCCGAUAUCGUUCUAGGAGUUUUAAAUGUCACGUGUGUUUCAUCAGAUAUACCAGAAUCUCACAAAAACAUGCUCAGGUCACAUUUCACCUCUCAAAAAAAAAUAGUUUAGCAUACAUUUUUUUAAGUGAUAUUUCACCCAAAAAUUAAAAUUUUGCCAUUUAUUCACCCUCAUGUUGUUCCAGACAAAUUUUGAAGGACGUUGAUAAGCAAACAGUUGACGGUAUCCAUUGACUUCCAUAGUAUUUUUGUUCCUACUAUGGAAGUCAAUGGCUACCAGCAACUGUUUGCUUACCUACAUACUUCUGUUAAACACAAAAGAUAUUUUGUAGAAUGUUGGUAAUGUUGACGGUAGCCAUUGACUUCCAUAGUAUGAAAAAAAGGGAAAAAUGCAAAAAUUCUUGAGAAUAUCUUCUUUUGUGUUCUAUAGAAAAAUAAAACUCAUAGAGGUAUCUUGAGGGUGAUUAUAUGAUGACAUAAUAUUCAUAAUUGGGUGAACUAUGCUUUAAAAGGUCCUUAAUAUCCUUUAGUUGUUAUGCAAGUGUAAUUUCUUAGUUAUUUUGUUUUUUGGGGGUGAAAUAUGACAUUUUAAGAGAAUCACACAAAAACAUGCUCAGGUCACAUGUCACCUCAUAAAAAAUUAUAAUUUGCACAAAUUAUUAAUCUUAAAGGCAUAGUUCACCCAGAAAUUACAAUUUUGCCAUUUAUUCACCCUAGUGUUGUUUCAAACAAAUUUUGAAGGACGUUGAUAAGCAAACAGUUGACGGUACCCAUUGACUUCCAUAGUAUUUUUGUUCCUGUUAUGGAAGUCGGUGGCUACCGGCAACUGUUUGUUUACCAAAAUUCUUUUAUUAAACACAAAAUAAGAUAUUUUGAAGAAUGGUGGUAAGCAAACAGUUGACGGUAGCCAUUGACUUCUAUAGUAUGUACAAAUAUGGAAAAAUUCUUUAAAAUAUCUUCUUUUGUGUUCUAUAGCAAAAUUAAAGUCAUACAGGUAUCAUGAGGAUUAUUUAAAUGAUGACAAUUUCAUUUUUGGGUGAACUAUCCUUAUAACGGUCCUAAAUAUCCUUUAGUUGUUAUGCAAGUGUCAUUUCUUAGUUAUUUUGAUUUUGGGGUGAAAUAUGACGUUUUAAGAGAAUCACACAAAAACAUGCUCAGGUCACAUCUCAUCAAAAAAAUUAUAAUUUGCACAAAUGAUUAAUCUUAAAGGCGUAGUUCUGUCAAAAAUGCCAUUUAUUCACCCUCAUGACGUUGAUAAACAAACAGUUGAUGGUAGCCAUUGACUUCCAUAGGAUUUUGUCCCUACUGUGGAAGUCAACGGCUACCGGCAACUGUUUGGUCCCCAAACAUUCUUAAAAUGUUUUCUUUUGUGUUUUUUGGAUGAACUAUCCCUUUAAUGAUCCUAAAAUAUCCUUAAUUUCCAUUAUGCACGUGUAAUUUCUGAGUUAUUUUGACUUUGAGGUGAAAUAUGACAUGUUUCUGGAGAUUCGCCCAUCUGAACCAGACCUGCUCCGGUCUCAAGGUGUUUAUCACAGCAAUAGCGUAACGGGUUCAUGACUUCGGGGAGUCUUGAAGGGCUUACGGGAGCAGGAAUGGAGGCAGAACCCAGAUUCCCCUGAACAUCCACGCUAACACCUUCACAUUUGACCCUUGACCUUUGACCUUUCAUUGAGUGGUGCCGUUUUGUGCAGGUGGUUUGGUGUCGUCGUGAUGCAGAUGUCCACCUUUUUUCUUUCUGGUUGUUCCCUCUUGUGGAGACUCAAAGUAAUGAUUUGCAAUGCUGAGCUGCUGAGGUGAGCGUCUGAAUGAAGGUUUUAUUCUGAUUCUGUGUGAUUCUGUGUCUGUUUGAAUGAAGCCAUGCAGGGAUUGGGUUCUAAAAGCUGUAAACAUAAAGCAAUAUUUCCUUCUCUGAUCUACAGAGCUGAUAGCCAAUUCAUGUGAAGGGUUGAAUUGACUUUCCUGUUCAUUCUAUUUAUUAGACUAUUAUAUAUUUAUUAAUGGCAAGAAAGUUUUUGUCGUUUAUUUUACUUAUGCCCUUAAUAGUUGUUUCCGCUCUGGACUGCAUAAGUAACGUAAUUACCAAUGUAAUGCAUUUAUGUAAUUAUUCUUCUGUAAUUUCCAGACCUUGCUGAUUUUUGACUGUUGAAACUGUAAUAAAUAUAUUUGUACAAAGA